CAUGGAUUGUGACUUUUGAUUGUACUUUUUUUUUUUUUUUUUUUUACCUUGCAAUGUGCCAUAUAAUUAAUAGGUUAAUCUCUUUACAUUAUUAUUCCCAAUGGGUAAGAAAGGAACCAAAUCAGCUAGUGCUGCUGUCACAAGAAGAGCCUCUUUAACCAACGCCCAUGUUGAAAGCGAGAACAUCACGAUUGUCAACCACAGCGAUCCUGCUGAUCACAGUAAAUUCAGUGUGAUUCGAUCUGGAAUGAACAAUGACUUUGUCAAGGAUAUCCAGCACUGGGCUGAGUUAAAGGCCGAGUGCAACACAAACGAGGAGAUUCGCAACAAAGUACGUCGAUUACCGCUUGACCAUGUUUUACCUUUGCUUCAAGAGUUGUUGGAGAAAUUUGAUGCGCAACAGGCACGUGAUACUGAGUUGACAGAAUGGAUCAAGACUUUGCUCUUAAUUCACACAGCCUAUUUCAUGACGCUGCCUGAAGUGGUUGAAAGAUUAUCUAGUUUAUACAAGGAGCUGAAUAAUCGUUUAACUGUAUAUCCCAAGUUGUUGGCUAUGCACGGUCGCUUAGAUCUUAUUCAAAAUCAAAUUGAUGCUCGUAAUAGAAAGGACGAUUCGGAUGAUGAGUCGGAUGCACAAGUGUUUAGUGAUAGUGAUGAGGAAGAUGCUGCUGAAGACGAUGCUGACUCUGACGACGAUCUUGAUGACUCUGAUGAUGAUUUGAUGGAUAUGGACGAUGAAGAGGGUGAGAUGUUUGGUGAAGAAGAAGACGAUUUAAAUACAGAAGAUGAAGAUGAUAAUAUCAGCGAUAGUGACAUUGAAGAAUAAAGUCACCCUUUCCAUCACCCAUCCCAUCCCUCACGUUCAUAUAUUCACCCUCAUUUUUUCCAAUGUAUAAUAAUAGUAAAUAAAAAACUUGUGUUACACCACUUUUUUUUUUUUUUGCCUAUUUACCCGAUGUGUGGAGGC